AUGGCCUCUCCGGCCCAAGUCUUCUUGCAGCACCCUCUCCAUCUCGACCCGACCUCCAAAGCCAUCUCUGCCCCAAAUACCUCAUAUCCCGGCCUCUCCACCGAACUUGACGCCCUCAACUCCCUGCACCGCUCCAUCCUGAACCUCGACAGCCCCAAUGUCCCUCCCCCGCCGCGACCGGUGAACCCGAAACGCAGUGCCCAGGUCUCCAAGCUGCGCGACUCCGCAAACACGGCAUAUCGCAAGUCCGCUUUCGCAGAGGCCAUCAGACUAUACAGCUAUGCGAUCGACAUGGCCAUGCAACGGCCCGCGUGGGAACCGCUUGGCUUGGUGCGAGAGGAACUGGCUCCGCUCUACUCAAAUCGUGCUCAGGCACACAUGUCCCAGCAGCAGUGGCCCGAAGGGUGGGUCGAUGCGCAGCUUAGCAUUGAAUGCAACGAUGAAACCAACACAAAGGCUUGGUGGAGGGGUGGAAAGUGUUUGAUCGAGAUGGGAAGAUGGGAGGAGGCCAUCGACUGGCUUCAGAAAGGCUUGGAAGCUGAAGGAAGGGGCUCUGAUGGAGGGCGUGAACUGAAAACCCUAUUGGAUGACGCCGAGAAGGGGCUAGAGAAGAUGGGACAGGGCGUGUGA